UCUACCCUUUGGACAUUAUGGCUGCGCACUGUUCAUCAAUGGUGUUUUUAUUUACGUUUUUUCGUAUUUUCUAUUAUUUAAAACAGAGGAAUGUAGACAGAGUUUGGUUUCGAGUAUAACUUUCCAAAAAAGCAUCAGGAUAUUUCUGGAGUUAAAGCUCUAUUUGCGUCAGGAACGCUGAAAAACGUUUUGCUUGAUAGCUAACGAGUCAGAUAGCCAGGUAGGACAGCUGUCUGUCGCCGGUCCAAAUUUAGCUGUUGUAAACUCAGUUCACACUAAAUUAACUCGUGUUGUAAAGGCAAUGAUUGUAUAGCUUGUUUGUUAACCACUACAAUAAUUGCUAUAACUCGAGCACAAUACGGGAACACACUAUUUUUCUAUUCAUAGCUAUGUUUACCCCUGUAAAGUCGUCUUAUUUCAGAGUCAGUCCCACUACUAUAAACAGAGAGCUAGGCAAGACCAAGAUGAGAUAGCAAGAGGAGUUAUUAGUUAGCUAGCUACGCGAUCGUGAACACAAUUAGACAUACAAUUCAGUCCCCGGAAGGUGCGUUUCACAGGACAGAGAAAGAGAAACACAGACGCAUGCCCAGCCAUGUUUGGGAGUCUUUUCGAGGAAGAGGGGGAGGGAUAUUCUCUGGCUCCCUCCGGAGGUAAAGUUGUAAAGGGGGAAGGGGAGCCACCUUCACCCCGGGGAAGAGUGAACCUCAGUGGGAUUAAAAACCAGGGAGGGACGUGCUACCUCAACUCCCUGCUCCAGACCCUGCUCUUCACCCCGGAGUUCAGAGAGGAGCUGUUCAGUCUGGGUCCAAAGGAAUUGGGCUGCCUGGAGGACAAAGACAAACCAGAGGCCAAGGUCAGGGUUAUUCCAUUGGAGCUCCAGAGGCUGUUUGCUCGUCUACUCUUGGUGGACCAACAGAGUGCCUCUACUGCUGAUCUCACUGACAGCUUCGGAUGGAACAACAGCGAGGAGAGCAGGCAACAUGAUGUGCAGGAGUUGAACAGGAUUCUGUUCAGUGCCCUAGAGCACUCCCUGGUGGACACCAGCGGCAGUGCGUUCAUCCAGCGCCUCUACCAUGGCACCACUGUCAACAGCAUUCUCUGCAAAGAGUGUGGCAACAUCAGCCAGAGACAGGAGGACUUCCUGGACUUGACGGUGUGUGUACGUGGUGUGUGUGGCCUGGAAGGGGCGCUCUGGGACAUGUUUGUGGAAGAGGAGAUGUUUGAAGGCAGUAACCUCUACCGCUGUGGCCAGUGUGACCAACUAGUCACUGCUGCUAAGUCUGCCAAGCUGAGGAAGCUCCCUCCCUUCCUGACAGUGUCUCUGUUGAGGUUUAACUUUGACUUUGCCAGGUGCGAGCGUUACAAGGAGACUGGUCGCUACACCUUCCCUCUCACCAUCAACCUCAGGCCCUUCUGUGAACAAACUGAAGACGAGGACUCGGAGUACUCCUAUGAACUCUUCUCUGUCAUCAUUCAUAAGGGAGGCUGUUAUGGCGGCCAUUACCACGUCUACAUCAAAGACAUGGACCACCUCGGCUUGUGGGAACCGCCGGAGGAGGAUACCAAACCCAAGGUUCAGAAGAAGAAGGAAGUGAGAGCGUAUACUGAGCCGGAGAAAGACGACCCUCUAUCUGUACUCUCCUCCAUAAUAGCCCAGGAGGAGAGCAGGAGUGUGCUGCUGGACCAGCUGGGCCAGAGACUGAUGGACAAGAUCGGUUCUUCCUGGAGCAAAAAGUACAGGAAACUCCACGGCCCCAUAAGCAAGUUCCUCCAGAACCACAGUGAUGUGUUUGUGUUGGUCAAUAAUGGCACUCGGGUGGCCCUGAAAGCCAACCCCCCUAGUCCGGUGACCCAGCCCUCCAGCCCAGCCCACCCAACCCCUGGCUCUAGCUCUACCCCAGACCCAGUCCACAACAACACAGCCAACCCCCAACUAGAACUAGGACUGGAGAUGGCACCAGAACCACAGGGCAGCCACUGGUUUGAUCUGAAUGACUCCACAGUGACAUCGAUCCAUGAGAGAGACGUAGAGAAAAUGUACCAGGGAAAGGAGAGUGCCUACAUGCUGUUCUAUAGGAAGACACUGCUACGCAGGCCUUCUGGAGCCCUGAGGAAUCCUGGGUAUCAGGUUCCCUCUCACCUCUUAGAGAUGGCUGAAGAGGAGAACAGAAGACUACAACAGAGACGGGAGGAGUUUGAUGCCAGCAAUAACAGUGUUGAGCUGCGUCUCCACCUAGCGCCGCGCUAUAGGUUGGAGAACGGAGCUCUUAAGCCAAUCAGCAUAGAGCAGAAAGAGGCCACCAACCUCACCUUCGACCGCCGCAGGACCGUAGGAGACCUGCGAAUGAUCAUCUACCAGAAGCAGGAUCUCUGGGAGGGGGAUAUGGCUCUGACUGUGGCCAGAAGUCUGCCAGCCGGCCUUCACCUCUACAACACUCUCACAGAUGAUGAGGUGUCUCUUUACAGUGCAGGCAUCUUGACCGGCACUGAUCUGUUUGUGUGGAAUGGCAGAGAGGUUUGUGGGGCGACUGUCCAAACAGGAGCCGAGUGGGAACCAGUGCUGCUGACAGUGGUUCGCCCCUCUCUGGGAGAAGAAGAAGAGGGGGAGGGAGGAGGAGUGGGAGAGGAAGGAGGCUCGGGGCUGACGAAGGAGUCGAGGGGUUUCGCAGGGAGGGUGACUCUAGGAGAGGUGAGGGAGGCAUUAGGGGAGCCACAGGAGAGCCUCCUGUGUCAGGAGAAGAGGGGAGGAGAGGGAGGAGGGGCCAGCGGGUGGAAGGUAUUCCCUCCUGGAGACAUGCAGAGGACCCUGAAGGAGCUGGCCUUGAAGGAUGGAGACGCACUGCUGGUGCUGGAGCCACAGACACAGGACAGCAGUGUGUUCAGUAUGAGUGGUGAUAUGGUAACCGUGACAACACCAUCAGACUGUCGCUGGCUUCAGGUGGAAUACCAACCAGAGAGAAGAAGAAAAAGAGGGGAGGAAGAGGAGGAGAGGAUGAGGGCAAAGGUCCCUGCCUCUGGAAACAUGCUGCUGUGUGAGGUGAAACAGAGGGCCAUAGCGGAGCUGCAGCUACAGGAGCACCUAACAGGUCAGAUACUAAAGAGGGCACACGUGCUGGGUUUCCAAUCUCAGCAGGGUGAGGUCUCUCUGGGGCAUGGCAUUGUCAAGCUCAGCCUGUUCCUCUGGAACCUGUAUGAACCCACCAUAUGA